AUGAACGUCGACGACCAUGUGGUGCCCUCGGGCGGGCAGCACUACAGCGCCACCAACCGUGUGCCCAAUAUCCAGGAGUUUAUGCAGCGUCUUGACGCGGAGAAGAAGCAACGAGAUGCCGAGAUUGACUCCGAGCUCAGACGCAACAAGCGCAAUCCUGAUGUCAAAGUCCAUCGCAACGAGCUUCUCAAGAAAAAGGGCACGCGGAAAGUGCGUGAUCCAGUCACUGGAAAGGACAUUGAGAUUCGUGAUGCGGAUAUCGAUUUCACCGAAGCCGUGGAAAACCCACAAAUGUCUGUUCCUAACGGGAACCUGGGAAAGCCUGCCACCAUCGCUACCUCAUCUCAACAGUCUGGUGAAGAGUACCGCUAUGCUCAAGAUGUAACUGCACCUCCAGAUCCCAUCCAAGAGGGAUCAACUUCCGACGUACCUAUUCGUAGUGAGAAGACGUCAGUCCUGUUUUACAAGACUCCGUCGGUCAGCUACGAACCAAUGUUUGCCUCUCUUGAGCUGCGAUCAAACGUCUUGUGCGCCGGAAUCUUCAUGGGUAUCGUCUUCUUCGGUAGGCUGUUUGGCGGCGGGCUCCUUGGCCUGAUUCCCCUGGCUAUAUGCGUUACCUCCGGCGUCCAUUUGUGGGUGAAAGAAGUGAUUCGCCAAGGACGAGACUUGGAGUGGUCCAGCGAGCAGGAGCGUGGCGAAACUGCCACCAUCAACUUGAUUCCGGAGUCUGUCGAAUGGAUGAAUACCGCGAUCGGCGUCUUUUGGGGCAUGAUAAACCCUGAAAUGUUUACCGGUGUUGCCGACACCAUCGAAGAUGUCAUGGCCGCGUCUGUGCCUGGUAUUAUUGAGCAUGUGCGAGUGGCCGAUAUUUCCCAGGGAAACAAUCCUCUCCGUAUUCUCAAUAUGCGAGCCCUCCCAGACUCUCAUGUUCAGGACAUCAAGGACGAAAUUCACAAAGAAAAUGAAAAAGUCAUGGACGAAGAUGAGCUUGCAGCCGUGUCACAAGCAGGCGCGUUUUACAACAUGGAAGUCUCGGUCGCAUAUCACGCAAAACCCUCGGGCGCUGAUAUUGCCUCAAAGGCGCGGAAUAUGGGAAUGCAGCUCGUCUUUUACCUGGGAAUCAAAGGCCUCUUUGGUGUUCCUCUUCCGAUAUGGGUUGAGCUGAUUGGCCUCGUCGCGACCGCGCGUGUCAGACUGCAGCUCAGUCCCGAGCCUCCCUUUCUAAAGACCAUGACUAUAACUUUGAUGGGAGUUCCCAAGGUGCAAGCUGGCUGCACUCCAAUGGUUGAAAGGGCGCCCAAUAUCCUAAACUUGCCUCUCAUCUCUAAUUUUGUUAAUUGGGCCAUUAGCGCCGCUGCCUCCAUGUAUGUCGCUCCCAAAAGCUUGACCUUGGACAUCAGCAAAAUGGUGCAGGGAGACGAUAUCAAAAAGGAAACCGAGGCCUUUGGAAUUCUCUUCGUCAGAAUCCACAAAGCUACUGGCCUUAGCAAACAGGAUCAGCGUGGCAGCAAAGGCGGCGGCUCCGAUCCGUAUAUUACCAUUAGCUGGAGCAAGUUUGGGAAGCCCAUGUUUUGUACCCGUGUCAUCCAGGAUAACUUGAACCCUGUCUUCGAAGAGAGUUGCGGACUGCUGGUUACCAGCGACCUCAUUAAAGCUGACGAGCAGCUAUCUGUGGAGCUCUGGGAUAGUGAUCGAUCCUCUGCGGAUGACGAGGUGGGCAAGCUUGAGCUAAGCAUUCAAGAGCUCAUCCAACACCCAGGAAAGAUGUUUCAGCACGUCUCGACGCUGAGUGGUCUCAAAGCCGAGACCGUUAUGCCCGGCGAACUCCACUGGGAGGUUGGGUUUUUCGGAAAGACGCAAUUCCGCAAAGCCUUGCGAACCGAUGGCCACAACCCCAAUGUGGUUAAAGAACUAGGCGACAAGCCCGAGUUCCAAGAAGACUGGGGUACGAUCCAGAAUGCAGAAGAGGAUGCUGUAGUCCAUACUCCCCCUGACCCUCUUUGGCCAUCCGGAAUCCUCAGCAUUGUGGUCCACCAGAUUGUCGGCCUAGAGCUAGCUAAUGUCAAGGGCUCCCAGGGGAACCGUAGGGGUAAAGAGUAUGAGCCUGCCAGGCCGGAAGCUGGCGAAGUCAAGGAAGAGUCAAGCAAGAGACUACCGAGCUCAUACUGCACUAUCCUCGUCAAUGAUGAUUUGGUUUACAAGACGCGAACCAAGGUGGUGUCGUCGCAGCCCAUCUUCAAUGCUGGCACCGAGAAGUUUGUUCGCGAUUGGCGCUCUUGCAUUGUGACCAUUGCCGUUCGAGAUUCUCGCAAUAGAGAGCACGAUCCAAUCAUCGGAGUUGUUCCUCUCAAGCUGUCAGAUAUCAUGCAGACUAGUAGCGAGGUGACACGGUGGUACCCUCUCGAUGGUGGCAUCGGCUUCGGCCGUCUGCGUGUCUCUCUUCUGUUCCGCUCCGUGGAGCUCAGACUACCACCUCCGCAGCUGGGUUGGGAAAUUGGAACCUUCGAAUUUCUCUCCGACACAAUCAAGGUCUCAAAUUAUACGCCGGCGAGCAAGGUUCGGAUCCGACUGCGCACUGGAGGCUCUUCUGCCAACGUAAAGAGACACCAGUCCGUUCGUGAAAAUGAUGGCAUGACAUUCAACAUUGGCGUUCCUGAAGGCGAGAAGAAACUUCGACUGCCAGUGCGCUAUAGAUACAAAUCUCCAAUUUUCAUGGAAUUCUAUCCCUCUGGUAAGAGGGGAGCUGAUGCGUUUGCUGCAUUGUGGCUGUUGGAGCUGGUUGAUAACCAGGAGAAUGAAUUUGACAUUCCUCUGUUCAAAUGCGACAAUUCUCAACGACUAUCACAGAACUACAUUACGCAGGAGAAUUUUACUACUAUUCCCGAUAUGAAUAUUGAAGAAAUUGGAAGGGUUCGGUUCAGAGGCCGCUUCAAAGCUGGCACCGACCCGGAUCACAUCAGAUUUGUCACUGACAACGAUUCUCGCGAGACAAUCGAGACAUGGGAGGCUUGUUAUGCCGAGGGUGUGCGAGAUCUAGAGGUUCAGCCCGAGAUACCCCCAUUGACUCAGAAAUUGCAUGACGAGUCUCUGACGCAGGGCCGAGAUGUGCUCGCACAGGCCGACGAGAAAGAAAAAGGCCGCUGGUUGGCAAAGGAUGGCACCGACUGGACCGGAGCGUUUGGCCAGGAUCCACAAAACUCGAUGGCUCAGCCCAUGUCCAGCGCAGAUACCAAUGGCCAUGAGCAUUUUGAAGUAGACACGGAUGCGGACGAGGACGAGGAUGCCGAAGAGAGAGACCAAGCUAUGGAAAUGCGCAGGUCAGAAACAGACCCAACGUAUGGCUCGGCACCGUCUGAGGGUAGUGACGAGCGGCAUUCUUUGGAUAGCCGUGCAUCAGGCGCGUCGAGGAGGAGCACCGGUAGUACUGGGAGUAAGAAUCCCAUCAGGGCAUACAAAAACUACAGGGAAAAGAGCCGGGACUUGAACCGCAAGCAACGCGGGCUGAUGCAGUGGCUCCCCAUGCGAAAUGCGCGGUUUGCCAAGAACGAGGCCAAGUUUGCCGUCCGCAGAGUGAAGAGAAUGGGAUCUUUGGCUGGGCGAAAACCAGAUGUUGAAACGGAGGUGUAA